AUGGCGACGUUUCGGGAAACCUCGGCGACGUUUCGAGGACGAAUGGUACAUUCAUAUCUCUUCGCCUUGAUGGCGACGCUUUUGACCACUUUUACUGGUCUGAAAACUGCACGAGCGACGUGCAUUCCAUCGAACUCGGAGUACGAGGCAUUUUUUGCCGGCUUGAUCGAUUCCGCGAACCCACCGUCGUUACCGACUGCUGGGUCGUGUUGCCAGAUGGAUGUCUGUGCGAUUCCGUGCCCUGCGACGGUGCCGAAACCGGAUUCGGAUUUCGGGAUCGGCGUGAUAUGCGUGGUGGUUUUAUUUUGCAUGAUUGGCAUUGGGACGGUGUAUUUUGUGGGCGGGAAAGCGAAGAAUUUUUUCGUCGCCGGGAGGUCUUUACCGUUACCGGUGGUCAUCUUAACCUUGGCGUCUCAGUCCAUCGACUCGAACGCGUUGUUAGGCAACGCGGAUUUGAGUUAUAAGUUCGCGUUCUUCGACGGCGCGGUGUUACCGAUUGGUCUCGGUUUGUCGUUGAUUUUGAACGCGCUCUUCUUCGCGAAGAAAAUGAACGCGGAAGGUGUUUUGACUUUGCCUGAUGUCUACGGGAAACGCUACGGCGUCGCCACGGAGAUCAUCGCGAGUUUAGUCUUGUGCUGCUCUUUUCUUUGCCUUCUCGCGGGGAACUUGGUGGGGAUGGCGAAAAUUUUGGCCUACUUGUUCGAUUUGGACAUCACCGACGGCGUUUUCUUAUCCGGCAUUAUUAUUUUGGUGUACACGGCGUGCGGUGGGUUAUUUUCAGUCGCCUACACGGAUGUUAUUCAAUCCGCCGUAGGCAUGACUGGAUGCCUCGCCGCCGUGUAUUGGAUUAUUAAAAACGCCGAGUUCGAAGCGCCGCCGCCGUCGAUUGGAUUUCCCGAUUACGUCUAUCCCGACGAGGCGACGGCCAAGUUGUACGACGGCAUCCCGUGCACGCACGUUCCGGAUGCUUUUUGCUACAACGCCGCGAAAUGGUGCCCGAGCGAUGAUAAUUGCAAAACGGACGCCGGCGCGUACCCGUUUGGCGAUAAAGUCAUCUACGACAGGUCGAUGAGCGACCCGCGCGCGUUGACACCGUUUCCAAACGCGAUUUUAUUCAACUGGGCGACUAUUUUUGUCCUUGGUUUCGGUAACUUGGCAGCUUUGGACUUCCAGGCGCGCUGUUUGGCGGCCAAGUCGCCGACGACGGCCCAAAUCGGUUGCUUAGUCGCCGGUUUGUUGACGUUCUUCGUCGGUAUUCCGUUUGCGUACACGGGCGCCGCUACGCGUUACUACUUCGGCCCGGAUUCACCGUACGCGAGUUUUGAAACGGACUCGUGCUCAAAAAUUCUCGGUUUACCGACGUGCGCGAUGUGGCAGCCAGAUGGAAACGCGUUCAUUUACAUGUUGACCCACGUCGUCCCGAAAGGAUUAGGCGGUUGGUGCUUGCUCGGCAUCGUCGCCGCGUCUAUGAGUACGUGCGAUGGCGCAAUCUUAGCGCUCGGAACUGUGUUCUCGCACAACAUCGUCCGACACAUGCCGGGAGAAAUGAUCAAACCGGAUACGUUAUUGCGAUGGGCGCGCAUAUCGACCAUCCCGUUUGCGUUUAUCGCGAUGGGAAUCGCCGCGGCGAAAUCAGAUACCACGGGUUAUCUUCUCGUCGUCGCCUUCGACGUCGCUUUAGCCGGUGCCGUCAUCCCGCUCUUCGCCGCUUUCUACGUCAAAGACCCGUCGCCGAACGCGGCGUUCUGGUCCAUCUUCGCCGGCUCCUUGUGCCGCGUCAUCUUGGAAUUUUCCUUGAAAAAAGACGGAUUCUUGAUUUACCCGUACGGCGGCGACGAGUUUUUGGAUUACGGCACAGCGGCGUCGGACUUUUUCCCAACGUUCUUCGAUAAACCAUCCGCUGAUUUAUGGGACCCAUCCGUGCAAGAGUGCAAACAAUCCAGAUUCGAAGAUUGGACCGGCGUGGACUCUUUGGUCUCCCCCGCCGUCUCUUUGCUCGUGUUCACAAUCUUACACGUUCUCGAGAAAACCUGCGGCAACGUUUCCUGCUUUCCCAAAUCCUGGUUAACGCCUUUGGAGAAGAACUUUGAAGACGAGGACGAUACUCCGAGCGCAGAAAUCGAGAUGAAAUAA